AUGCGUCCCCGAAAGGAACUCAUUGAGCAAUCAACACCACGACGUUUUCGGAGCCCAUUGAGAAAUAGGAGUAAUGAAACUAAUGCGGGCACUGGGACUGACUUAAAUACCUUUAGAGCCUUGUCGCCAGUUAAUCCAUUAUCCUUAUCCGCAGCCGAGGAUAGUAAAUUCAUCGAAGUUCACUCCGAUUUUUCGCAAAGAUACUCCCAAAUAUUCGAAAACAAUGGCAACCAAUUGUUGUCCAUUAUUCCCUCUCAAUCUCUCCCUGAACGCGUCCUGCAAAGACAAUGCUCACUAGUAAAAAAAUCUCUCAAAACCAGAUUGGAAUUGCUGGACGAUAAUCUCGAAUCUCAGGUUGUAAAUUUCUCCAUUCAUAGUGCCAAUCAGUUUAUUGGGAUGGAUAUAAAGCGUGACGAUCCAAACGAAAAUAAUCUUCGCAUGCUCUUUGAUGGUGUUUUUGACUCUGCUCGAAUUCACAGUGAUUAUCAGAACUUCAAUCAAAUCAACUCUACUAAGUUUGCUAAAAUCUAUUCUGCUAGACAUGUUAAAACUGGAAGGACUGUCUGCCUAAAAUGCUCCAUUCAUUCUCGUCAUGGUGAUAGAUUGAGUAAAGAGGAGGUUUUGAAGGAGAUUCAAGCCUUUUCUGUUGUUCGGCACCCAAAUGUUGUUAAGUACAUGGAUUCUUGGUUGGAGUCUGGAAUGCUUAUUAUUUUGGAGGAAUACUGCUUUGGAGGAAGCCUCUUCCAAUACAUGUUUCCUAAAAGAGACGGUGUUCAGAAUUUCACCUAUCAUGACACUGGUAUUAAUGGUAGGUCUGAGGAAUUAGAUUUUGCUGAAAGGACUCUAAAACCGUCAGUUCUUAAACGACUUUUUGUGGAUAUCAUCAAAGCUCUAUAUUAUCUACACAUCAAAACGGAUGUAGUUCAUGCUGACGUUAAACCAAGCAAUAUCAUGAUACAAAUCCCCAGUUUAGUUUUUGAUAGCUACUCUGUAGAGGAAUCUGUUAUUACCGAGUCCGUAAAAAAUACCAUUCGUGCACUCGACGCUGGUGAUCAUUCUGGUGUCUUGUUCAAACUUACGGAUUUCGGGCGAUCGAAACCAAGAUUGCCAGAUUCACUUGAUGAUUGGGACUUUGAUAUUGGUGAUGGUCGGUACUCCCCGAUACUUGAAACAUUGAGCAAAACAUUUACCAUGGGUUUGGACAUAUACGCCUUGGGCUUAACACUCUAUCAAGCUGCUGGUGGUAGCAUGAAUCGAGACUUUUUGACCCGAUUUAAAGAGGGUAAAAUGAAGAUUGGUGAUCUUGGGCACAUCAUCCCAGAGCUGCGAUCAAUUGUCAUGGGAAUGCUUCAACCUGCUUCUGCAAACAGACCCAGAAUUUACACUCUUUUGAAAUACUGUUCAAGGCUGGAAAUGGACUGA